AUGGCUGUAUUCAUCCUCUGCCGGCUCUCCUUGGUUGCAUCAAUCACUGACUUCGAACUCGAACAACCCAGUCACGUCCCAUUCAAGUACAUCCGCUAUCCAGAUAGCUUCCGCAUGACGAUCACGCAGCUCGUCGACGAUGGUACAUCGACUUUUCAUUUCUCUUCCGUCAAUUUCGAUGGGAUCAAUCAGCAUAUUGCCGGUGUACAUCCCACUAUUGUUAGAAUCACUAAGCUUCUUGUACUACCGAAGGACAACACCCCAAACUUUAUGGUCAUCAAGAAGUACCUCCCACGGCUGAUCGAUUCUCUGAGCGACAGGAUCAAUGGGUGCGUGCGGAUGGCGGAGGAGAUGGCCAAAGAGGCUAGUACAUACCUCGAACUUGUGAAGGAGAUGAACCAAUCGUACUUAGCCACCCAACGCAAGGCGAGAAGGCUAGUCACAGAGAAGGAAGGAGCUCGCAUUGCAAAUGAGGCACGCCAGGCUGGGACUGAUGGAGAGCUUCCGAGCGCGCAGGAACAACCCGACGACGCGUCGAACCGGAUGCCUAGCGGCGGGGCUGACCGGAGCAUGUUUCAGAGCAUCCUAGAUGCGCUGCACCACAAACCGUUCGAAGAUAUAGAGCAUCUAAUUUCUGACUCGGGGUUCGGUUAUGAGUCUGGGACCUCGGCUCAAUCCGUCGAUCUCGAAGCUCGAAAGAAGGAGGUCGGGGACCGCGGCGCGCAGUACAGCGUCGCGAAUAUGAAAGCCGAACUGAAAUCGAGCAGAGAUGAUUCAGAGGCGGCAGUGGCCCGGCUCAAGUCAGCUAACUCUAAGCUGGGAGUCAUGAGGGCGAAUGGAGCGACCACAAAUAUGGGCAAGAUGACCCCGAAACGGACGGUAGCAGCUCUCAGUCAUGCAAUUGUCUCUUUGACCGAGCUGAGGGUGUUCCUGGACGAUGUCGUCAUGUUCUUUGGUCGUGUCCACACAUUCGUAGAGACUUUGAGAACAGAGGUAAAUGAAUUCAUCAACGAAGCCGGGGCAGAAAGCACGACUACAGAGCUGGAUACUUACGCGAAAGGGGCCAACAUGGUCAACGAGGAUAUGAGCGAUAUGUACGUGACUCUGUACGACGACAGCGUGCAUCCGGGUGUCAAGAUGCUUUCGGGCAUGGGAGCACUCACCAAGUCAGACGACCCUGAAGACAUUGAUCGAGCAGGGAAAAACAUCCAGGAUUGGGCACAGGAUGCGCGUGACAGGAUCUGCAAUAUGAUGAUCCAGUUCCCCCAGCCGCUCCUUCCUCAGACUUGCCGCGCAGACCUUCCGUUCGUGGUUACCACGCUCGUUCGCGCCUCAGCUCUAUCUGCGAACUCUCCGAGAGCCGGCCAGUUCAUGCCACACUUCUUCCGCUCGAUAGCACCUCUGCUACAAUCGGGCGAUCCUCCUUUGACCUAUCCAUCCCAACCAGCGCUGACCGAUGACUGCAGCGACGAGGAACCGCUGACUUCUGAGUCAGAGCCCAAGAGCGAUGUCAAACGCGAACCGAGCGCUUCACCAGAAGCAGAGGCAGGACUGAGCGGGACAGCGGCGUCUGGGACUGCUGGACAGCUCGGUGCGGAUCUUCCCCCGAUGGAGGCUACUGCGGAGAGCGCAGGAGAAGUUACUCCGUUGCCGUCCCAGUGGUCUCCGAUUUCCCUCUCUAGCUCCUUCGCCCGCCCGACUGAUAUCGCCGCGCAACUCGCCGCAUACCCAAAGCCUGCUGCCCUUCGCGCUCCCGCUGAUCUGUUUAUGACCCCCCUCAUCCACGGCGGCGGCAGCUCCCCUACCCGCUCCGCGCCACAGUUCCAGGUUAACUUUGUGAAGAGGUCGAAACACUUCGCUUCAUUCAGCCCGCCCGUCUCGCGAAUUCAAACUGACUCAGGAUAG